UAGUGGAACUGGAAUAGGUGUGCUCAGCCACACCUCCACAGCCCUCCAGCUUUUAAAGCUCCCAGGGAGCGCAAGCGCAGGGCUGCUGCUCCACUGGGGUCACAGGAGAGGAGGUGACUGUGUUACUGGUGUGCUGGGAGGUGGCCUCUUCCAGCUGGAGCCUCUUUGCUGCCUUCUCCGGGCAGGACCCACAAAGCUUCGAGGAAACAUUUCCCAGUGGGGUUGUUCAAGAAGGCACCAGGAUGGCGACGCCAGUUCCCCGAGGCUGCGGCAGCAUCCAUUCUGACUACUACCUGCUCUGUGACAUGGAGCAGGCCUGGGGGAUUGUCCUGGAGUCACUGGCUACAGCUGGAGUCCUCGUCACCAUUUUCCUCAUCUGCUCCCUCUUCUUCCUCAUCUGUAAAGUCCAAGACAACAACAAGAGGCACAUGAUCUCCAUUUACUUCUUCUUCCUCUUAGGAACACUCGGCAUUUUUGGUCUCACUUUUGCCUUCAUCAUUAAAAGCAAUGAAAAUACUCGCCCCACUCGCUUCUUCCUAUUUGGAGUCCUCUUUGCACUCUGCUUCUCCAGCCUUCUCACCCAUGCCUUCAACCUCAUCAAACUAGUGAGAGGAAAAAAGCCCUUCUCCUGGCUGGUGUUGCUGCUACUCAUUGUUUCCUUUGCCCUCGUGCAAAUUGUGAUCAACAUUGAGUACCUAGUCACCAUGCUAGUAAAUUACAGAGAUGAUUUUCUGCUUAUGCUUUCAGAGCAGGCCAACAAGGACUUUGUCAUGCUUCUGAUCUACGUGCUCUUCCUGAUGGCUUUGACCUUCCUGAUGUCCAUGUUCACAUUCUGUGGGCCAUACAAGAGCUGGAAGAGACACGGGGCACACAUCUUUGUCACUGUCCUGUUCUCCAUUGCCAUUUGGGUUGUGUGGAUCACUAUGCUCAUAAAAGGCAACCAACUUUUAAAUAAACCUGCCUGGGAUGAUCCUGUUGUGGCCAUUGCUCUGGUGUCCAAUGGAUGGAUCUUCUUGAUAAUGUAUAUUGUCCCUGAAAUCUGCUUCCUCACUGCCCCUCUGAAGCUGGAGGACUACCCUCCAGAAAAUGACUUCUGCCAGCCCACAUUCAUAAAGCAGACUACUGGAGUGGACAACCAUGCCUACACCCAAGAUGAAAUUGUGCGAGGAGACAGGGAAGACCCCAGCUACUCCCCGUACUCUUCUCAUUUUCAGCUGAAGACCAUCGACACCCGGAAUGAUUUCUCCAUCCCUCGGCCCAAGGCACAGACAAGCCCGUACCAUGACUACACUGGUGGGAAAGGCCCCAUGUAACAGCUCUGCAGGUAGCAAAGAGACUGAGCACCCAUCAGCAGAGGCCUGGGGAAUGGGCCACACGGUGACAAGUGCACUGAUCCUGCAGAAGAGACAGUCUCAGACCCCUACUGGCAAUGCUGAUGAUAAGGAGAAGGGCCCUCUUUUCCCUCGGUUCUCCCACAGGCACCCUUGUAGCCCCCUCUCAUUCCUCGAACACAACUUUCAGACAUGGCUCUAGCAAUCCUGUCCCUGCUCACCCAGUUUCUCCGUGGGAUGGAGCUCAUCUCUUCAGAUAGAGAAAUGUCCCGGGAAGAGCCUGUCCUGUCCUAUUUUCAGCAGGAAUGCUGCAGAGCUAGAGUAGCAAGAUCAUCAGCUGGGCAUGGGACCUGCUCUGCCCCAGAUCAGCCCAUGUGGCUGCCCACGUCUGACGGGAGAACAGGAGGGAGCAAGAGCAUCAGCCCUACAUGUCCUGGCUCCUACCCACCUGCGAGCACAUCGCAGGUACUAGCAAGGUGCCCUUAUCUAACCACCAUCACUUUUGUGCCUGCCCCCAGCCCUGCUUGGCUCUCCUGCAGAAUCAGUGGAGGAGAGAUACAGAGAGAGAUUUAAAAAAAAAAAAUUAAAAUAAAUAGUAUUCCUUUUUUUCUCUUAGAUCCAUCAGCUAGGGACCAUACGUGAUGAAGAAAAUUAAAAGGCAUAAAAACAUCCACACAUAUUUACCAACACAUUUUCUGAUUUGCCCUCUAGCAUCAGCCUCCCCACCAGCUCUGACUCCUGACCACGAGCCUCACUGAGCCCCCCAGGGAGCCUGCUGUGCCCCACAGACCCUCCCUGCCACCCCAGCCUGUGGGUGCCUGCCGACAAAACCCCUUCUCUGCAGCUGCCUGCAGUGCCCCAGUAGGAUCCCAUCCCAUGCACCUCUGAGCUCUUCCUCCCAAAUGUUUCUGUGGCAUUAACACCGACAUUUCCCAAUCAGCCAGGCUACGGAGGAUGGGCACCCUUCGUCCCAGGAAUGAGCGAACACGACUGUGUGCACACGUGUGCCCGCACUUGUGCUGCAAGGACUGCACCCUGGCGAUGAGCAAUGAGCCUGCAGAGCUGAAUCACUCUGCAGCCUGCUUUACAUUUGGCAAAUAGCUUUCCAUGGAAUUUCACAUAUAAAUACACAGAGCUCUCCAGAUCUGUGUGUAUGGUACACUGGUGUCUGACACAGCUAUAUAUUUAUUUAGUACUUUGUAUAUGGAAUAUUUAAUUAAUAAAAACCUGAACAGCCUGA